AUGCCAACGAAUGGGAUCCACCAGGUGCUGAAGAUCCAGUUCGGGUUGAUCAACUGCGAGAGCCGGUACCUGACGGCGGAGAGCUUCGGCUACAAGGUGAACGCCUCGGCGCCCAGCCUCAAGCGCAAGCAGAUCUGGACGCUGGAGCAGGAUGAAGCCGACAGCUCCAUCGUCUUCCUCAAGAGCCACCUGGGCCGCUACCUGGGCGCCGACAAGGACGGGAAGGUGCGCUGCGAGGCGGAGCAGCCGGGCCGGGAUGAAGGCUUCAACAUCAUCACGCAGUCGGACGGGCGCUGGGCGCUGCAGUCGGCCCCGCACCGGCGCUUCUUUGGGGGCCGCGAGGAUCGGCUGUCCUGCUUCGCCCCCAGCGUGACGGAGGGCGAGCUCUGGACCGUGCACCUGGCCAUGCACCCCCAGGCCAACCUGCUGAGCGUCAGCCGCCGCCGCUACGCCCACCUGAGCGCCCACGAGGACGAGAUCGCCACCGACAGCAACCUGCCCUGGGGGGUGGACGCGCUCAUCACGCUCUGCUUCCAGGACAAGAAGUACAGCCUGCGCACGGCCGACGAGCGCUACCUGCGCUGCGAUGGCACCUUGGUGCCCGAGCCCGGUGCCGGAACCGGUUACACCCUCGAAUUCAAGGCCGGCAAGUUGGCGUUCAAGGACUGCGACGGGAAAUACCUGGCGCCCACCGGACCCACCGGCACCCUCAAAUCCGGCCGCAGCUCCAAGCCGGGCAAAGAUGAACUCUUUGACCUGGAGGAGAGUCACCCCCAGGUGGUGUUCACGGCGGCCAAUGGCAGAUACGUCUCCAUCCGGCAGGGUGUGAAUGUCUCAGCAAACCAGGACGAGGAGCUGAACCACGAGACCUUCCAGCUGCAGAUCGACCGUGACACCAACAAGUGCAGCCUCCACACCAACACCGGCAGCUACUGGACCCUGGUGGCCCACGGGGGCAUCCAGGCCGUGGCCACUGAAAUCGCUGCCAACACCAUGUUUGACAUCGAGUGGCGCGGGCGGCGCGUGGCCCUGCGCGCCAGCAACGGCCGCUACGUCUGCACCAAGAGGAACGGGCAGCUGGCGGCUGUCAGCGACACCGUGGGGGUCCCUGGGAUGCUGAGGGCCGGGUGCUGUGCAGGGGAGGAUGAGGAGUUCACUCUGAAGCUGAUCAACCGCCCGAUGCUGGUGCUGCGGGGGGAGCACGGCUUCGUCUGCUACCACCGGGGCUCCAACCUGCUCGACUCCAACCGCUCCGUCUACGACGUGUUCCACAUCAGCUUCAGCGACGGCGCCUACCAGAUCCAAGGUGGGCAGGGCGGGUACUGGUACGUGGCGAGCAGCGGCUCGGUGUGCAGCGACGGGGACCUCUCCGAGGAUUUCUUCUUCGAGUUCCGAGAGCGGGGCCGCGUGGCCAUCAAAGGGAAGAACGGGCGGUACUUGCGCGGGGACCCUGCGGGGACUCUGCGUGCCGACAGCGAGUCCGUGCUGCGGGCCACGCUCUGGGAGUACUGA